AGCCUCCUCAUGUCAUGUCUGAAAGGGCAGCAGGUCAUCAUCAAAAUGGAGGCCAUGAAGAUCAUCCAUCCUGAAAAGUUCUCCGAGCUGCAGAGCUCCCAGUCACGCUAUGUGCCGGCCCCCCGCCGGGACCCUCCCCUGGUUGCCAAGCGGGCCUGGCCCUCAGAGUCCGAGAUCAUCGUUAACCAGGCCUGCGGUGACAUCCCAACCUUAGACCACAACCCAGGGUCUCUGGGGCUGUCACGGACCCCGCCCCUGCCCCGGCGGGAGCGGCUGUAUCCAGGGCAGCGCAAGGGCAGCUCCGACCUCUGCUACCACCGCCAAGCCUCGGCCUCGGACGAGGUGAUCGUCAACCAGUACGUGCUACACCCCUCCACUCCGUCUGAGCCCCUGGAGUGUCCCACCUGCGGCCACACGUACAACUUCACCAACAAACGCCCGCGCAUCCUCUCCUGCCUGCACUCCGUGUGCGAGGAAUGCCUGCAGAUCCUCUACGAGUCCUGUCCAAAGUACAAGUUCAUCUCCUGCCCCACGUGCAAGAGGGAGACGGUGCUCUUCACCGACUACGGGUUGGCUGCCCUGGCAGUCAACACCAGCAUCCUCAACAGGCUGCCGGCCGAAGCACUCUCGGCCAACCAGGCCCAGUGGAGCAGCGAGACCGACCGCAGCUGCUAUCAGACCUUCCGCCAAUACUGUGGGGCUGCCUGCACCUGCCACGUCCGGAACCCGCUCUCUUCGUGCACCAUCAUGUAA